AUGCUAAUUCCCAACGAAUAUGUGUCUACGGCUGAGGACAUAGCGGAUCAGGUUAUUCGUAGAGGUAAAAAUGUGUUGCCAACGGUGGCGCGGCUGUGCCUCAUCUCCACAUUCCUUGAAGAUGGUAUUCGCAUGUGGGUUCAGUGGUCGGAACAGCGCGACUACAUGGACAUGUCGUGGGGUUGCGGCAAGUUUCUCGCCACAAUGUUUGUUGUAGUAAACUUAGUGGGACAGUUAGGAGGCUGUGUAAUGGUGCUUGGAAGGCUCAAGGUGGACAUAGCGUGCGGAUUACUAUUCUUCAUUGUUGUACUACAGACAUUCGCAUACAGCAUACUGUGGGACAUGCAAUUCUUACUGCGUAACUUGGCCCUCAUUGGAGCCCUGUUACUGGUUCUCGCGGAGGCGCGAGCCGAGGGCCGGAGUCUCUUCGCCGGUGUUCCCUCCCUGGGCGAGAACAAACCGAAGACUUACCUGCAGUUGGCUGGCAGAAUUCUGCUCGCUUUCAUGUUCAUCACUUUGUUGCGAUUUGAAUUUUCUUUCCUACAGAUCAUCCAAGAUUUAUUGGGGAGCAUUCUGAUGAUCCUCGUGACAGUGGGCUACCGCACCAAGCUCUCGGCGCUGAUGCUCGUGCUGGUCCUUACCGUGCUCAACCUGUACCACAAUGCGUGGUGGGCUGUACCUUCUUAUAAGCCACUAAGGGAUUUCCUUAAAUAUGACUUCUUCCAGACUUUAUCUGUAAUUGGUGGUCUUCUAAUGAUCGUGUACCUAGGCCCCGGCGGAGUAAGUAUGGACGAGCACAAGAAGAAAUGGUAG